UGUGUGUGCGUGCGUGUGUGUGUGUGUGUGUGUGUGUGUGUGUGUGUAUUUUUUCCCUGUAGCUCGUGUGUGUUUUGGUUGUGUGUGUGUAGCUGUUUAUAUUUGCUGUCUAACACGUGGAUUGUGCAAACAUGUAGAGUUUGUGCCUGCUAAGUGUGUGGUGGGUGUAUGUUGUGUGUAUGUACCUAUGUGUAUUGUGGGGGGGGGUGCCGGAGUGUAUCUGAGUUCUCAGCUUUGCUCCUUUAUGACCUUAAUUUGGAGUCUUUUGUUUGGAGAGGUUUGAGGGGAAGCUUCUGGCUGUUGUAUGUUCUGGGAACAUCUGGCAGUCUCCUCCUGGGUCUGCGACUCCAGCUGCAGUGGCUUGAUUCCCCUUGGAAUCUCCAAACUCUUACAGCAAUCAAAGUAUAGGGUGGAACCUGAUGGACUCCCUCCUACAGACUUCCAAGGGAACAGGCUCAAAUAAUGGGUCAUAAGAAGUUUGUCUUGUUUGGGAAGGACCCAAGCCAGGAAGUCACACCAAACUACAGAGCAAGAAUAAUUUUUCCAGUCCCACAUCUCAGAACAAGAUGUUUUUUCAAAAAUUAUUUGUGGCAUUUCUCCAGUGGGAUUUCAUCCAAAUGAUAAUUGCACAUGACAUGGCAUAUCAAAUUCCUCCAUGGAAUUUCAUGCUUUCCUGUUUGCCACCAAAUGAGACUGCUGACUUCCACUGGCCUUCUGGAUUCUCCAAAAACAGUUCCCUCUUCAGUGGAGACGAUCAGACUGCUGACAUUAACUUUAAUUCACGUGAUUCACACCCUUUGGAAUUUGCAUCCAAAGAAAGUUUCUACUGUUGCCUUUGGAGUGAAAAUGAUAAAAAUCCCUCCAGAUGUACAAAUGCUACAGAAACACAAACAGCUGUUUCUACAUCAGUACUCUCCCAAGCUUUGCAAGAAAGAGGUGUGAGCUGGAUCAUUGAGUGCUGGGUCAGAGGGGACUUGAAGAUACUCAUCUGUAAUUUGGAAUCAUUGCUUAAGAAUUCUUCUAAGACAUCAGAAUUUCAGGCUCAUCUUUCAUAUGUUCUGUCAGAAGUGUCACAGGAAGCCUCUCCCAUGGUGUCCCAGAAGGAUCAUUUUCAGGUUGUUCAGUGCAAUUGCAGUAGGUCUGAAGAUUGUGAAUGCCAUGUACCCAUGCCUGUGGCCAAGCUCAGAUCUACCUCCUUGAUAUUUCUGGAAAUCACCAAUGGAGCCAUACUUUUCCAGUCACCCCUGAUGUCUGUGAAGCCUAUAAAUAUUGUGAAGCCAGACCCACCAUUACAUUUGCUAAUGGAAAUAACAGAUGAUGGAAAACUAAAGAUCUCUUGGUCUAGCCCACUGUUGGUACCAUAUCAACUUCAGUAUGAAGUAAAAUGCUCUGUGAAGUCAACUGAAACCGUGGGACAGAUUGCUGCAAUUGUGCUUGAUGCCUCCCUGCUCGUGGACAAUGUGCUUCCUGGUUCUUCAUAUACAGUUCAGGUACGGGGCAAGAGCAUGGAUGGUCCAGGUGCCUGGAGUGAGUGGAGCACUCCUUUCAACUUCACUGCCCCAGAGGUCAUAUAUUUUCCACAAAAAAUUCUGACAAGUGUUGGGUCUAAUGUGUCCUUUUACUGCAUCUACAAGCAUCAAAACAAGAUCAUCCCUUCCAAGAAUGUCUUUUGGUGGUUGAAUUUAGCAGAGAAAAUCCCUACAAGUCACUAUGAUGUUAUGAAUGCCCAUGUGAGCAGGGUCACCCUUCUCAAUAUGAAUGCUACUAAACCCAGAGGAAAAUAUACCUAUGAUGCUGUGUAUUGCUGCCAAGAGAAUGAAUGCCAUCACCGCUAUGCAGAAUUAUAUGUAAUAGAUGUCAAUAUCAAUAUCUCAUGUGAAACUGAUGGGUACUUAACUAAAAUGACUUGCAGAUGGCCAGCCAACACAGUUGCAUCACUUGUGGGAAGUAUGUUGCAGUUAAGAUAUUUCAGGAGCAGCCUGUAUUGUUCUGACUUUCCAAGUACUCAUCAUGCCUCGGACCCCAAAGAUUGUCAUUUGCAGAAGGAUGGCUUUUAUGAAUGUACCUUUCAACCCAUCUUUCUUCUAUCUGGGUACACCAUGUGGAUACAGAUAAUCCACUCUUUGGGGUCACUUGAAUCUCCCCCAACAUGUGUUGUUCCAGAUUCUGUAGUAAAGCCACUGCCUCCCUCCAGAGUGAAUGCAGAAAUUAUGGUUAAAAGUGGUUUGUUGAGUGUGAGCUGGAAGAAGCCAGUCUUACCAGAAAAUAAACUUCAAUUUCAAAUUCGAUAUGCUGUGAAUGGACAAGGAGAACAAUGGAAGAUACAUCAAGUUUACAGUUCUGAAUCCAAAUCCGCUAGCUUCCAGGUGCUGGAUCUCUGUACAGUCUAUAUUGUGCAGGUCCGCUGUAAAAGGCUUGAUGGCCUGGGAUACUGGAGUAAUUGGAGCAAUCCAGCCUACACGGUUGUCAUGGAUAUAAAAGCUCCCAUCAGAGGACCUGAAUUUUGGGGAGUCAUUAAUGAAGAUCCGAUGGAGAAAGAAAGAAAUAUUACCUUAUUUUGGAAGCCUUUGGGGAAAAACCACUCACUGUGCAGUGUGAGAAGAUACAUAGUGAGCCAUUACACUGUUAACAACAGGACUUGGUCAGAAGAUGUAGGAAAUGACACUAAAGUCACUUUUCCAUGGACUGAAUUAGCACACACAGUCACUGUUGUGGCUGUAAACUCAAUUGGCCCUUCUGUGAUGAAUUUUAAUCUAACUUUCUCAUGGCAGAUGAGCACAGUAAAUAGUGUGCAGUCCCUCAGUGCUCAUGCAGUAAAUAGCAGCUGUGUGGUUCUUUCCUGGAUGGUAAUACCUACAGACUAUACUCUAAUGUAUUUUGUUAUUGAAUGGAAAAACCUUGAUGAAGAGAAUGGAAUUAAAUGGAUUAGAGUGUCUUCUAAUGUUAAGAAAUAUUAUAUCCAUGAUCAUUUCUUCCCUAUUGAGAAAUACCAGUUCAGCCUUUACCCAGUAUUUCUAGAAGGAGUGGGAAAGCCUGUGCUGACUAAUACCUUCACCAGAGAAGAGACCAUGAAGCAGGAGAAUGAUCCAGGUCUCUAUGUGAUCAUCCCUAUAAUUAUUUUCUCUUCAGUCUUAUUGCUUGGAACCCUGUUAAUAUCACAUCAAAGAAUGAAGAAGCUAUUUUGGGAAGAUGUUCCAAACCCAAAGAAUUGUUCCUGGGCACAAGGAGUAAACUUUCACAAGCCUGAAACUUUUGAGCACCUUUUUAUCAAGUGCACAAGAGCAGUCGCAUUUGGUCCUUUUCUUCUGGAGCCUGAGACAGUUUCAGAAGCUCUCACUGUGGAAAGACCAUGGAAAAGUGGAGAGGAGAAUAUGCUACCAGAUCUUGGACUCUCCUUUUGUGACCCAGAGCCUGAGGAGGAUUCUGCUGGUUCUGGUGACCACAUCACCAGCAACAAUCUCGCCAAGAGUGGUGGCAACAAGCCAGUCUGUGAGCAGAGCAAACAAUCUGUGAAAUAUGCUAUACUUAUGAAUAACCCUAAGAUGAAUACAGUAGAUAACCAGCAAAAGAGUCUAAACAGCUCCUUCGGCAGAUGUUUAUCAAUAAAAAAUUCCCUGUUAAAAGGGUCUUUUUCCAGUAGUUCAUGGGAGAUAGAGACCCAGGCCAUUUUGAUAUUAUCAGAUCAACAUCCAAACACUAGACCAUCCCAUUUCCCAUUCUCCGAUGGUUUUUCUGAACUCUCAGAUCAAGACAAAAACUUCCCUGAAGAGAACAGUGCCCAGAGGCCUGUGUAUUAUUUAGGGAUUACUUCAACAACCAAGAAGGAAAAUGACAUUUUGACCGAAACCUCAGGCGUAAUGUGUCCCCUUCCUGCCCACAGCUUAUUCACAGAUGUAGGAGUGCUUCAGGACAGUUGUUCAGGCUUAAGUCCCUUUGGAGAAACAAACCUUAACUUGGGAGCCUCUGAGAAGACAUUUGUUUCUUACAUGCCACAAUUUCAGACCUGUUCUGCCAAAACACAGAAGAUAACAGAAAAUAUAAUAUGUGACCUAACCGUGUAAACAUCAUUAUACUUGAGCCCAACCUGCUCGGAAAUGUUGGUUUCACCAGAUCAGUGACCUUAUCAUUGUGGAGAUGGACAUUUACCUGUAUGGACCCCAAGUCAUGCUACUCUUUGGCAUUUUGUAGGAUUGUUGCCCAUGUUCUCCAAUGCGCUUCCUUAGAGGAUCUCAUCAACAUGCUAGAGGAGUCCUCUUGGUCUGUUUAGAUUGCAGCAGCACCAGUGCAACCCUCUUUGCUUGCUUGAUUGGUCCACCUCAUUUUCUAAAUAUGCAUUUCCUGCAUGAAUUUAUUUAUGUGCCUUCUUGCAUGCAGAUAGAUUCUGCAGCAUACUCACACUCGAUCCCACCAUUGCUUUUUGGGUCACCUACAACUUUGCCACUUUAGAGAUUGUAAUGUUCCCAGAUUUGACGAUAAAUGUGUAAUAAAUUUCAAGAUCUUUUGAGAAGAGGAAGAAAGAAAAACUCAAGGGUUUCUAUACUUGAAAGUAUUCACCUACUAAAUUAAAAGUCCGAAGUGGAAGGCACUAAACAAAAAGUACAAUAGAGUGAAAAAGGACUCUGGAAUCAGAGGACCUAGGUUCAAAUCCUCUAGUACAGUAGAAUGAUACUACUUACUAGAAUGACACUAUUGGAAAACACUUUUUGAUAGUUCCACAAAAUUUCCCCUCCCCCACCACAUUUAGACCUUCCUUGUCCUACCUAGGGAAGCAAGCACUGGCUUUGGAGUCUGAGGAUCUAGGUUGACUAAAUCUGGUUACCUGUGUAACCACAAACAAGUUAUUUAACCUCCCCAGGCCUUAGGUUUUCCCAAUGGAGAACAAGAGGGCCUGAAGUCCCUUGUAACUCUUAAUCUAUGAUCUUAUGAUUCUAUGUACAGAAUGCUUUGGCAAAGGAAUCAAUGCAUAAUCAUUUCCAGCUUGCUGUUUUAAACUGUAUGCUAUUUUCUAGAGUUGCAGACAUUGCUUGAGUACUGAACACAGCAGACUUAGGUUUGCAUUGCUUAUUCAUCGCAAAAACUUGAACAAGUCACUUAAUGUUUUUCAUCUUUUCCAUGAAUAUUAUGUAGUGGAGAGAGCAUGGAUGGAAGUCAUGAGUCUGUGCUCCAGACUUGACUAAGUCAUCAACUCCUUAUGUGUUUUUGGUCAAGUCUGCAAAAUGAAGGAAUCAAAUGAAUGAUCUUUAAGGACUUUUCCAGUUCCCAGAAUGAUCCUUUGUAUUCUAACCAAAAGUUAAUUAGGUUAGAUAAUUUCAAGCUGUGAAAUAUGAAGACUUGAGAGAUCAUCUAAGGCUGACCCCCAUUUUUACAGAAGAGGACACUGAGGCCCAGAGAGAUGAAGUGAUCUGUCUGAGGCCACUUAGCCAACAAAUAGCCCAGAUUUCUUUUUCUACCAUCAGAAAAUGUUUCUUGAUUGCCCAUUUGAAUAUGGUACAGUACCAGAGGCUGCAUGAAAAAUCAUUUCAUGGGCAUGGUUCUAGGAAUCAUGUUAAUCGAUGAUAUAAAGAAAAACUUGGAAUCUAUGACAUGGCAUGUAAAAUCAAGAAAUAAACAUACCAAGAUGGACAGAAAA